AUGAGGUAUUCUCCGGAAAUGCAGAUCGAUCACCAUGUCACGUCCAAGAAGAGCCCGAAGUCUACACAAACUAACCCUACCAUGUUACUAUGGGACCGACAAGACUGUAUCCCCUUGGGGGAAAAUCUAUCGGAAGACGACAUAAUCGUUCUGCUCACGCCAGUUGUUGUUCCUCACAACAGAUUCGCAGACAACGACAAGGAUCCCUUCGAACCAUUGGGCCGUGCCAUUGCUUCGCGGCACUCAUUGGUCCGCCAUGUUCCAUACACGAAAAGAGGUGGCAUCACCAACGUCCACUACGAGUUCAUCAAAAGGGCGAAAGUAAUCGUCUUCGUUAUAUCUGGAGCCCAUAUAGACGAUGAUGUCUCUCAAAUCGACUUGGCAGAUGCUGCACGAACGAUGGCAGACGAGCGGCCGCAGAUUGUAGUAGCCUGCUGCAACCUCCAAGCCCAGAACCUUCACGUCGAUCACUUUGCUACGCUUGUGCAAAUCGCAGGCUAUUCACCAUCUGAGCUGGAAUCCGCUGCUUCCAUCAUCUUUGACGACGUUCGUCCACUUACCAUCAGCGCAGUUCGCGUACAAAACCUCAUCAUCGCCCCGAGAGCUUGGGAUGUCGAAGUCUGCGGUAUCGAUAUGACCCCUAUCCAUCAGUUGUGGACAGAAUGCCUCCCACCCAAAUUUCACCUCCCACAAUACUUGCUUGUCCUGCUCCUGCAGAGAGAUGGCUUCUCCAGGCACUACGUCGUACGCGAACCAGAAAACAAGCAGAUUGUGGGCUUUUGCGCUACAUUUACCACAUAUCCAGAUGGGGGACAGGAUAAUCUGCUCGGCUCGCUAGCAGUAUUGAUCGUCAAGAACUCAUAUCGCGGAAGAGGAGUCGGAUUAACACUCCACAACUAUGCACUCAAGCAACUCCAGAGAACUCGGGGCGUCAACAGGCUGCAGCUAGGAUCAGCCUUUCCACGCCUCUUCUACGGCGUGCCGUCUGAGUUUUUCUCGAGAGAUUGGUUUUCACGCCGAGGGUGGAAGAUGGAUGGGUUUCAACCUGGCCAAGGACAGGAGGCCUCAGAUUGGCUCCUCAGAUUUGAAGAUAUGCCCGCAAAAAGCUUUUCGUCAGCUGGUCUGACUUUCAGGCGAUGCGACAUGAUGGAGUACCACCAGGUUUUAGACAUCGUCAGUCGGGAUGCGGCUCGCAAAGAUAAUAUGGGAUGGCACGACCAAUACUGCAUCCUGGACGGCACACCUCAUGUCGAGGAUAUCGUCCUCGGUCUGGAAGGUAAUACUAUCGUAGCUGUUGCUUUGACCUACAUUCCCAAUUCUGGGAGUCCAGCCGGCAACGACCUGCCGUGGGUGAGAACUAUUGGCGCGGAUGCUGGGGGCGUAACCUGCAUUUGCAUCAUAGAUGACCAUCCCGAAAUGGUGAAUAGCCGGGACUCUGUGAUGAUCAGGUUGCUCGAUACUUGUGUCAAGUUAUUGGCCGAGCAGGGCAUGCGGCAAUUGUUCAUCGACGGCAUGAAGGGAGCGGAUGACGGUUUCCAAUCGCUGGGUUUUCGACAAUGGGCGCGAUAUAAGGACGUCUGGCGAAAGGUCUAA